AUGUUGAAACUAGGCAUCGUACUGUGCACGUUGGCCGCCGUCUGCAGCGCAGCGCCCUCCCCGAGGGGUCCCUGGUUCGGACCCCGGCCAGGGCCCCGCAUAGUGGGUGGGGAGCCCGUGGACAUCUCGCAGUACCCGUGGCAGAUCUCGCUGCAGGUGUUGGGAUUCCACGGCUGUGGCGGCUCCAUCAUCAGCCCCACGUGGGUGCUGACGGCGGCGCACUGCGUCGACUCCCUCCCGGCUGUUCUGUUCUCCGUGAGAGCCGGCACUUCCACACGCGAAAGCGGCGGCACGGUGUACGACGCCGCAAAUUAUGUUGAACACGACGGAUUCUCUUACGCCACUGCUGACUUUGACAUCGCUGUCGUCCAGAUAUCCGGCUCCUUCUCCUUCGACAGCAAUGUGCAGGCGGUCAGUCUUGGCACUUCAGAACCAGCUGCAGGCACAGCAGUGACCAUCACUGGCUGGGGAGACCUGUCCGAAGGGGGAACGUCGCCGCGCCAGCUGCAGGCCGUCACCACGAACGUCGUCUCGCGUGACUCGUGCAACGUCAGCUACGGUGGGCAAAUCACGGAGAGGAUGAUCUGCGCCGGAGACCCGCAAGGUGGCAAGGACGCGUGCCAGGGAGACAGCGGCGGUCCCCUGGUCGUGGACUCCACCCAGUACGGCGUCGUGUCAUGGGGCAAUGGCUGCGCGAACGCCAGCUACCCUGGUGUCUACAGCAACGUCGCCGCUCUGCGGUCCUGGAUUACAGAAAACUCCGGUGUCUGA